UGAGAACUCAAACAAAUCCGAUAUUCUUCUGAAUAACCCGACGUUUAAACAAUGUCAUCAUACAAAGACAGUAUUUUGGAUGCAAAAGUAAUUAAUCUACACAAAGUAGUCGAAAAUGGGCGUCAGCGGUUCAUUUGUUUUACAAAAAUGGGAACUUAUUGGUCUCUCAAUGUGACAGACGGUCUAGAUGUCUGGCGGCUUGAGAUGGAUGAAGAUGAAUUUGAAUCACAUAGAGAAUUGUCAGAGACUUCUUCAAAAGAGGCUUUUUUGUUAAAAAUAAGGAAGGGCUUUACAGAUGGAGAUCUUUCCGUGGCGAUGAUUGGAAACAAAAUUACCUUAACCAUUGGAAAGGGAGCAAGUGCACUGACUUUUGACCUUUAUGAGUGUAAGGCAGCUGAGAAGAAAAUAGAACUACAAGAACUUUUGUUUAAGUUAGCAUUGUCCUCUUCAAAACUUGAAGAAGAGCUUGCAGUAGCAAACAAAACCAUAGAGACCUUGAAGUCCCAAACUUCUAAUACUGGUGCAGGAAAUUCCGCCCUAGAUAUAGGCUCCAAGAGAGAAUCCCAUACCAAACCCAAACCAAAAAAAGUCGGCAUGAGUGUAGUGAAUCCAACCAGCAAAAAGAGGAAGGCUGCCCAUGGUGUGGUUUUUGACUGAAUUGUGGUUGGAGCAAUGUUUCGAUUUUUCUUUUUCUUAUAAAGGCAGCCAUUAUUUUAAGGUUCAUCUCAAACUUCUUACAAAACAGUUCAUUUGUUGAAAUGAAGUUGAAGGUAUAAUUGCUUUGUUUAUGAACCAAUUACGUUGUCUCUAGAUUUUCAUUUUUAUAUUUACAUUAAUUUUAGCAUUGUAUAGACCCUUCAUUUCAACAUACAAAAAAAAUUUCUUUUUUACAA